AUGGAAGUGUCCUUCGCGUUAACUGGCAAAGACUUUGUCUUGAUUGCUGCAGAUCAGAAUGCAGGUCGUUCGAUUAUUAAGAUGAAAUCGGACGAAGAUAAAAUCAAGGCGUUAGGCUCUCACCUCCUAAUGUCCUAUUCUGGCGAACCAGCGCAAUUUGAGGCUGCAGCAAAUGAGGAACAAUCAUCCUCUUCGGCCACAAGCAGCUGCAUCCUGGGGUACGAUAUGGCUGAGAAACAACCAAAACUCUACUGGAUGGACUACCUGGGCACGCAAAGCGACGUGCCGUUUGCCGCACAUGGAUAUGGUUCUUACUUUGCAUUGAGUUUACUCGAUAGGUAUUUGGUUCAAUUUGCCUUUACGUUGAACCAUAGCUUACGCGUCUCGGUUUACAGGUACCACAACCCAAAUGCAGAUUUAGAAGAGGGACUCGAGACACUCAAACGGUGUAUCAGAGAAGUCCAAAUAAGAUUGGUAGUCUCGUUCCCAACAUUCAAAGUAAAAGUAGUGGACGAGAAUGGGGUUAGGGAGAUUGAGGUGAAUGUAUGA